AUGGGUGGGUGCUGUCAAAACUUUUGCAAAGAAUUUAAAGCAUUUGCACUUCGUGGAAGUGUUAUCGAUUUAGCGAUUGGCAUCAUCAUUGGAACUGCCUUCGUCAAUGUCGUUCAAUCACUUGUCGAUGAUGUUAUCACCCCUCCAUUAGGUUUAGUCUUAGGCGGCGUUGAUUUUGUCAAUUUAACCAUCAAGAUGAAGAAUUUCGUCUACAAAACUCAACCGCCAGUAGUCAUUCGCUAUGGAAAAUUCAUUCAAACAAUAAUCUCGUUACUCAUUGUGGCACUCGCAUUGUUCUUUGUCAUUAAAGCUAUUAAUAAAGUGCAUAAACUUGCUACACGAAAGAAAGCCGGCAAAGAAGGUGAAGAAUUGGUGCAACUCGAAAUGGAUGACCAAGUGAAAGUUCUAUGCGAAAUUCGAGAUUUAUUAGCCAAACAACCUAUUGCUACUGCUCGCUAG